UCAGAAUCCUUUAUGAAAUACCGAAGUAAACGAAAUGUCGUCUACUGUAGGUGUGAACAAUCAACAUUCCAAUUCAUCAUCAGGUCUUUUUGAGUCACCUUCCAUUGUGCCUCCCGUAUUGCUUUGUCUUCUAGGAGUUGCUGGAAAUGGAUUUGCCAUAGUCAUCGUGUGUUGCUCUGUAAAACACCACCAGUGGCGGCCAUUUUAUCGCUUUGUGUGUGGACUUGCUAUAACAGAUGGCUUCGGUGUGAUGUUGGCGGUGCCUUUUGCUGUCGUUAGAUACGCAACAAAUUUUAAGUUUACUUAUUCUCAGACGGUGUGUGAUUACAUGGCUGUCAUUCAAAUGUUUACAAUACUUGCUUCUGCAAUGAUCGUAUGUACGAUGUCAAUAGAACGAUUCUUGGCUCUAAUAUUUCCAUACAAGUUCCAGUCUUUGACAAAAGAAACUAGAAGCACCGUAGUGUUAAUCUGUAUUUGGGGUGUGUCUGCUUUCCUAUCAUCUGGUCAUCUCAUGGCGGGAAGACACAGUAAACGAUUUUAUCCGGAUUCCUGGUGUUUCGUGAAUUUUGAGUCCCAGGAUACAACAGAUCGAGGAUUUGCUUACCUGUAUGUUUUGAUGGGACUUCUUGUACUGCUUACUACCUUUGUAACUAACGUAAUUCUUAUCGUGGUAAUACUCAAAAGCAAGUGGACAAAGUCUUCCAAAUCCGUCGAAAACAAACAUGGCACUCGUAUUAUUCUUUUCCUGUUCUCUGUUGUUAUGCUGUACAGCAUAUGCAGUUUGCCAAUACUGAUAAAUAUGCUUGGCCGUCUCUCUGGAAGUUUCGAAGGUAGUCUAAGCUUUGAACUGCUCGGCAUAGAAAUGGCCACAACUAAUUCAAUCAUAGAUCCGUGGAUUUAUAUCAUCUUUCGCAAAGAACCAUUCAACUUCGUACGUCGAUUAUAUAAUAAGUUUACGUGCGCCAGAUGUAAUUCAAGAAAAACUGAACUUGAAUGGCAAACUACAGACGCUCAAAACGAGCUUGAUAGUUUUACAAUAACAUCGGUGUAG